AAUCGGGUCCUGAGGCUGCAUCUUUCCGCCCCAGACAAUUCCUCUUUGCACCGGAGGAAUUGGAGAAUGGAGAAGCAACCCAGAGAGCAAGCGGUCACCGAGCCCGCGGACUCUGGAGCGGGAGGCGAGGAAGGCGGGUCACCACAGGUCGCCGGCGCCCAGACAGCGCGUCCCGAGGACCGCUUGACCCUGCUGCUCAGGCUGAGAGCACAGACAAAACAACAGCUCUUGGAAUAUAAAUCAGUAGUUGAUGCAAAUGAAGAAAAAACUCCAGAACAAAUCAUGCAAGAUAAGCAAAUUGAAGCUAAAAUUGAAGACCUGGAAAAUGAAAUUGAAGAUGUGAAAAUUGCUUUUGAAAUAAAAAAACUUGCAUUAGACAGGAUGCAACUUUCGACUGCACUUAAAAAAAACCUGGAGAAGAUUAACCCCAAGACUAGUGUGCUCAUGGAUAACAUGAAACACGUAUUAAAGCUAAACAAAUUAAUAAUGAAAUCACAACAGGAAUCUUGGGAUUUGGAGGAAAAACUACUUGAUGUUAGAAAGAAGAGAUUACAACCUCAUUUUAGGAAGUAAAGCCAAUUGGGCAGAGGAUUCUGCCUUUAAGGAAACUGUUCUACAGCUUGAGAAGAAUCUCACCAUGAUGUAAUAAGAAUUCUGUUUUGUUAUUUUUUG